AUGAAAGGAAACGGCAAAAUUGCAUUCUGUGCUCUGUUACUAUUUACUGUUCUUAACAUCCAAGCAAGAAAAAGCAACCGACCUUUGGAGGGAACUACCUUAAGGGGCGCGGAAAAUAACUGGAGGAACAGAAACAUGAACCCUAAUCAUCCCUGUACAUGCAACUGUAAAUUAAAAACACGGAAUGGAUCUUUUAAAUUCAUUAAUUUUACGGAAAGUAGGAAGCCAAAUUAUGUGAACAAUGCGGGACACUCAUCCACAAUGCAACCUCCUGGGCGUCCUUCAAGGGACAUGUGGAAUAAAGAUUUUCACAAAAGUGGAUUCACCUCGUUACAAAAGAGAAGCCGAGUUACACUGAGUUUAUCCGUGCAGAGUGCCAGCAGGUGUUCCUUUUUGUUUAACAAAAUUGAUGGGUUCUUCGGAAAUUAUGAGCGCAGGAUGAGCAGUACCCAUGAGAAUUGCACGUCGGAAGGUAGCAACUUUGUGGAAUACGAAAAGGUGGAGUCAUUGUCGCCUGACUUGGUCAGGUGUAAAAAUGCCUCCCCUUGGGGCGAAGCGAUUACAGGAAAGAGGCAAACCGAAUGUGGGAAUAUUCGAAGACGUGGCUUCGCUUUGUCUGCAUUGCCACGGGGCGGCACCGCGCUUGUGUCUUCCCCUGCAGUGGAGCCCACCUCUACAAUUGCUUCCAUCUCGGAUGCCCCCCCCUCGCGAGGACAUUUAUACAAACCAAGUGUGUUGGACAAGCGGAGCACAGACGAUGCAAGUGGUCCCCCGCGCAGUGCAGCCUACGGGUCGGCCAUGAGAACAGCUGAGUGUGCUAAUUGGAUUAAGUCUCCGCCAGAGGUUUGCAUGAAAAGUGGAGCCAAAUGCGCUUCCGAACCCACCGCCCAGCCCGCCGAAGGAAGAAAAAAGAAAAAACGAGUUUUGUCCGAGGAGGCCAAACGAAGCAUGAGAGAAAAACUUGGAGCCAUUAUGAGGAGCAAAUGGAAGGAUCCAGAAUUUCGCAAAAGGAUGAUGAAGUCUUUUAAGAAGAGGGGCCUUGAACACAACAAGAAAAUAUCAGAAGCUGUUAAAAACAAAUGGAAAAAUGAUAUGAAUUAUAAACAGAAAACGCUAGAUGGCCAACGGAGGUACUUCAUCCGACGAUAUAAAAACAAAAAGAUAGUUGCCAUUUCAGAUAAAACGAGGGAAAAAAUAUCUAAAGCUAUGAAGCAAUACUGGAUGAACAAAAAUAAAUUUUCAAAAACGCAAGUUAACAGCUUGCAACACAUGCAGAAGAGGAAGAAAAAACACAAAAAGGUUUGGGAGGAUAUUUACUCCCUUAUAUUAAAUCAGAAGGUGGGAGACUUUGGCGGCUAUCAGUCGUCUUUGCACCACAACCUGUCGAUCAAUUUGCAGGCCGCCCUUAACUGA